AUGUCAAAAUAUUCAUUAAAUAAUAUUGCAGUAGGAUUAGGGAAAUUUAUGUUUAACUGUAAAGAAGUAUAUACUUCAGGAAAUAAUUUAUAUUGCAUAAAAUCAAUUGAACAAAAUGAAAAGACACCAAAGCCUUCGAAUCACAAUAAUAAUGAAAAAGAAAAAAAGAAAAAUCUUGAUUCUAUGGAAAAAUUACUGUAUGACUUAACACAAGGAAAAAUUAAAGCUGAAAAACAUUAUGUUUAUACUUUAGAUGGAUACAGGUUAAAUAUUUAUCGUAUUGUACAUUCAAAUAAAAAUAUAUAUCAUAAAGAAAAAAAUAAGAAGAAAGAAGUUUUUUGUUUAAAUCAUGGAUUAUUUGAAUCAUCUAUUAAUUAUACUUGCAAAGGAUACAAUUCAUUAGCUUUUCAAAUUUUUGCAAAUAAUUAUGACGUUUGGAUUUGUAAUAAUAGAGGAAAUAGUUUCACAAAAUAUGUAGGGAAAAAAAAUGCAUUAAAAAAAUUAUUUAAAAAAUAUAGUAGUGAAGAUUUAAAAGAUUUAGGUUUUAAUUUUAGUAGUUAUGUUUCUAAAAACGUGAAUAAAGAAAUGAGAAAUAAAACAAAAAAAACAAAAAAAAAUGAUGAGGAAAAUUAUAAUAAAGAAUAUAGUGAACAUAGUAGUUUUAGUAAUGAAAAUAUCCUUAACAAUAAAAUUUAUGGUCCAAUUCAGAAAAAAAAAAAAGUUAAAAAUAAAUUAAUAGAGCAUUCUAAAUAUCCUACAAAAAAUAUGAAAAGGAAUAAUUCGGAAUGUAUUCAUGAGUUAUCUACAUUUGAAAUAGACGAAAAAGUCUGUGAUAAAAAUUACUAUGAUGGAGAAAGUGAAUUAUCUCAUAAUUUAAAAAAAAGUAAUUCAUACUGUAAUUAUUUUACAAAAUAUAACUCCAAAAGUACAAAUAAUUAUAGUGAUAGUGAUAAUAAAAGAAACCGUUUAAGUAAAAAAUAUUUUAAAUUUAAUUCAUUACUUAAUUUCAUACCUGGAUUUAAAGAUAAUAAUAAUAAUGAUAUAAAUAAUAGACAAGGAGAAGAAACUAAAUCCCUUUCUCGAUCUCAAACUAAUAAUACAUUUGUGAAUGGAUCAAGUAAAAAAUAUAAUUUUAUAGGAAGUGAUUUAACUAGUUCUUCAUCAACUUUUCCUUUUGAUAGUUCAUUAAAUUUUAAUAAAACCUUUUAUAACUCAAAAAAUUUGAAAGGUUAUGAAAAUGAAAUUAAUUUUAUCUCAACAAAAGAGCAAUACAAAGCAACAGAGAAUUAUAUUAAUUUUUUAAAUGAGAAAAAGUUAGAAGAAUAUGAUAAGGAAGAAGUAGAGGAAGAAGAAGAAGAAGAAGAAGAUGAUGAUCUAAAUGAAGAUGAAAUCUCAAAUCAAGAAAAAUUUAAAUGGACUUUUGAAGAUAUGAGUACUAAGGAUUUACCAUCAAUAAUAAAAUACAUAAAAAAUGAAACAAAAAAAGAUAAAAUAAUAUUUGUUGGUUUUUCUCAAGGUAGUAUACAACUUCUAAUUAGUUCUUGUUUAAAUGAAUACGUAAAUAACAGCAUUAAAAGGUGCUAUUUAAUGUCAUUACCGAUUAUAUUAAGAAGUAAAUAUGAUUUAUUAAAAUCAAUGAAAUUAUUAUUACUUUUAUCUAAAUGCCUGAAUGCAUUUUUAAGAGGAAAAAAGUUUAUUCAAAAUAUAUUACCAUAUAAAAUAAGUGCAUAUUUAAUAUCCAGCGCAGCUCAUAUAAUUACACAUAACUUAUUAAAAUAUUAUAAUGAAAAUAUUGAUAGUAAGGAUAAAAAGAUAUUUUUUUUACAUACUCCUAAUGGUGGUACAUCAAAGGCUAACUUAAAUAAAUGGAUAGAAUCUUUUAAUAGUUACCCAGUUACUGAUAUAAUUGAAAAAUACUCUCAUAAGUGCUUAUAUCCAAUAACUCUUAUAUAUGGUAAUGAGGAUACUAUAGUAGAUACACAAAAAUCAAUAAAUUAUAUGAAAAAAAUUUACAAAAAUAAUUUAAAAAUAAUUUCUAUUAGCAAAUGGUCACACUUAGAUCCAUUGUGGUCAGAUAAUAAAAAAAUGGUUAUUUCAUAUAUCUUAAAAGAUUUACAAAAAAACCAAAAGUAG